AUGGAUUUACGAAGUGGGAAAGUAGUACGCGAAGAAGAAAGCAGUUCAGAAGAAGUAGAAAGCUCUGAAGACAGAAGUACAGCCAAUGGAAUUGAAGGAAAGGGGGAACAGUCAACAAUGUCUAAAGAAAGAAAUAAUGACAUUUCUUGUAUUAUGGAAACAUUGCGAAAUAUGGAAAAAUUACAAAAAAUAGAAAGACAAAACGAAUUUGAAGAACAAAGAAAAUUGCAAGAAGAAAGAGAUAGAAAACAAAGAGAACAAAUGAAGGCAGAUAUCACAGAAAAUAUUUCAAAGGUUAUAGAAAUAGUAGAGACAAAAUUUGAAGAAAUUAGAAAAGAGUUUAAAAGUGAACAGAAGAAAUUCCAACAAGAAAUUGAAAUGAAUUUAAAUAAGAUGAAUGAAAAACAAGAAGAAUGGAUAAAAGAAACGAAAAGAAAUAAAGAAGAAUUUAUCAAGAAAAUACAAGAAAAUGUUAAUGUAUGCAAUAGUAUAGAAGAGAAGAUACAAGAACGAGAUAAUGUUAUUGUUCAAGAAAUUGAAAGGAUUGAUAGGCAAAUAAAGAACAAUCAAGAAAAAUUAAUAAGGUGGAAGAAAAUUUAA